CUCAGCACGGCCCACUGUGACGUCACAAGGGCCCAAGAUGGCGACGCGUUACUACCAGACGAUGCAGGAGAGUUUCAGGGCUAACAACAAAAGUCGUGAGUUCCCCGCUCACACCGCCAAAGUUCACUCCGUGGCCUGGAGCUGCGACGGGAGGAGGUUGGCUUCGGGCUCCUUCGACAAGACCGCCAGCGUGUUCGUCCUGGAUAAAGACCGCCUGGUGAAAGAAAACAACUACAGGGGUCAUGGCGACAGCGUGGAUCAGCUCUGCUGGCAUCCCACCAACCCGGAUCUGUUUGUCACGGCGUCGGGUGACAAGACCAUCCGCAUCUGGGACGUGCGCACCACUAAGUGCAUCGCCGUGGUCAACACCAAAGGGGAGAACAUCAACAUCUGCUGGAGUCCCGACGGUCAGACCAUCGCCGUGGGCAACAAAGACGACGUGGUGACCUUCAUCGACGCCAAGACGCACCGCUCCAAGGCGGAGGAGCAGUUCAAGUUUGAGGUGAACGAGAUCUCGUGGAACAACGACAACGACAUGUUCUACCUCACCAACGGCAGCGGCUGCAUCAACAUUCUGAGUUACCCCGAGCUGAAGCCCAUCCAGUCCAUCAACGCUCACCCGUCCAACUGCAUCUGCAUCAAGUUCGACCCCACCGGCAAAUAUUUUGCCACGGGAAGUGCCGACGCCCUGGUCAGCCUGUGGGACGUGGACGAGCUGGUGUGCGUGCGCUGCUUCUCCAGGCUUGACUGGCCGGUGAGGACGCUGAGCUUCAGCCACGACGGCAAAAUGUUGGCGUCGGCUUCAGAGGACCACUUCAUCGACAUCGCCGAGGUGGAAACAGGUGAGAAGCUGUGGGAGGUGCAGUGUGACUCACCCACCUUCACCGUGGCCUGGCACCCCAAGCGCCCCCUGCUGGCAUACGCCUGCGACGACAAGGACAACAAGAACAGAGAGGCGGGAACUGUCAAGCUCUUUGGGCUCCCCAAUGACUCCUGACUCCUCCCCCUUUUGUAAAAUGACAUGUGGUCACAUGACUUUGGCCUCCCCGACGACUCCUGACUCCUCCCCCUUUUGUAAAAUGACAUGUGGUCACAUGACUUUGGCCUCCCCGACGACUCCUGACUCCUCCCCCUUUUGUAAAAU